CGCGUCCCCGCUUGUUAACCGCCAGACGGUUGCGAGGCGUCUGGGGUUCAGCACGCCGGAUCACACGCCACCCACGCUGGGUGUUGCAGUGCUAACCGGCUCGGACGGCAACUUCACAUGCAGCAGGUCAAUCUAUUUGUGUCGUCUGGCGCUCAACGUUUCCCUAUCAGAGGCCGGCUCUGCCAUCCUAGCUCUGCAGUACGCUACCCCACCCACCAUAAACUUCACGGCUACCAACCUCAGUACAGUAAACCUCACUGCACCGCCUGCGGGCGUCCUGCGCACCUCGGCGCUCCGCUUCAACACCUCCGGUUGGCAGCAGCUCCAGCUCGACACGCUCGCCUCAGGCCGUGGCUACAGCCUGGUUGCUGCGGCGAUCGACGUUGCAGGGAAUCUGCAACCAAGUUUGUCGUCGCUCGCUGUGGCCGCACCAGACGUAACGCCACCUGUCUUCACCAACUACUCUGCCGAGAGUACAGCGGAUACGGUUAUAACCGUCAACGCCAGCCUGAACGAACCGUGCACCGUCAUGUGGAUGGCGCUGUCUGCUGGGUCGCCAGCGCCUAACGUUUCCCAGGUCGUCGCCGCAGCAACCGGCAGUGUACUGCUGCUUUCCGGGUCGAUGCCGUACAUUUCCAACACCAGUGCUGUACGUACAUGGAACAUCAGCGGCGGUUUGGCGGCAGGGCACGUGUACGACAUUUACAUGGUGGCCCGUGACAGCAGUGGGAACCAGCAGGCGUCUGUCACGGCCAUCCAACAGGUCCGGUGCUGGGACUCCACACCGCCGGUUAUCCUAAGCCUAACCGUAACUGUCCCUGCAGCGGGCAACCGUCUCACCAUAACGGCGAACUCGACCAAGCCCGGCGCGCUUCGCUACUUGGCAGUCAGCGCCGGUGCGCCGGUGCCCACCCGCCAGCAGCUGCUGCAGGCGUCUUCCU